AUGCCUGUCGGUCUCACCUAUCCCAGCCUUCAAAGCGUUUUGGAACAUUUGGAGGCAGUGAAGCGUGCACAUAUAAUUGCUCGUUCCCCAGGCCUUCGACGAGUAGAUAAGUUAAUUACACUUUAUCUGGAGAUCCUUAAUAUUGGAGGAGGGGAUCUCACUUUCAACAAAUUAUUAAUUACGUGUGAUAAAGAUGAAGUGAAAUUCUAUAUGAAUGGGAAAACAUUCAUCCGACAGAGAACGGAAAGUCAGGAAGAAAAAAUGAAGAAAAUAAUCAACUUUUAUAUUCCUGGAAGAUCAACAAUCCGUGUGCACAAGAUGGAUUGGGUUCACAGUUCGCUCCCAGUUUUCUUGCCUGCCGAUCUAAAAUUGAGAGUGAAUUUUUUGAAAGCACUCUACUGUGAAAGCUUCGAAGAAGCAAUUCCAUUAAUAGACCCUCGUAGCUUUCCUCUUAAAACUGUUGUUACUAUCCCUGAAUCCUCAAACUUUGACAGCCAAAUCGUUCAGUUAGCAGAAACUCUUAUUCUGGACUUUUUUAUUGAUGAAACAGUCACUGUUGAAGACCUCAAGAAACUUAACAACAAGACAGUGGUAUUCGAAUGCUUCAAUUCCAAAAUUGAUAUGGUUUCAUUGAUUAAGUACCACGUUGAAACUAGAAAGAAGGUUGACACCACAUUUGUGAUUUCAACAAGUGCAAAGGGUUUUAUCAAUGAUAUGCUACAUCAGUUCGAACUUGUGUUUGGUGAAUACAAAAGUGAUCUGGAUGGCAUUGAUGAAAGAUUUAUUCCCGAAUUGUCUAAGUUCUCCAUCCCAAUCAACAACGAAUCUAGAAUCCAAGUGUACGCAAUCGAGGAUCCAGAAGAAAAAUAUCUGCGUAAUAUAAUUGUGAAACCAGGGUCGUGUAUUGCCGACGUCAUCAUAGAACAUGAGUUUUUGGUUGCUGAAGAUGAUUGCUGUCCAGGAAAUGCAUUGAUCGGAAUUGAUUUCAUGAAAUCAUUGGAUCGUCGAGGAAUUCGUACAUGGUUGAGACCAGCUAUGCAGAAACUACAAAUCGGGACAGUAAUGAUCGACCUUGUUGGACCCCAACGUAAGCCUUUCGAGUUAACAAAUGUUGUAAUGGAGAUGAUUAAUGCGGACGACGUUAUGUUGAAACCAGGACAAGAACAAUUACUAAAAAUUGCUAAUGGAGCUGAUAUCGAGGCUGAUCAAGCCGUAUUGCUGAAAUCGAAACCAGAAGGAAACCUGCUAUUCGAGAAGACUGUGUUUCAUCCGUUGGACAGUCGUGAAACCACAAUUCGAGUGAAGAACAAUUCAAAUAGAACCAUUCAAUUACAAGCUGGAGAUGUGAUUGGAAAAGGAGCGAUUGUUCAGUUGAAGAAUUUGUCAAAGCCAGGAUUACCGGAUGAGCCAGCUGAAGCAAAUUGGGAAGAAAGAAUCUUGGAAACAAAUGGAACUAAGUUCAUGGACAAGAUUGAUUGGACAGGAUCGGAAUUGAAUGCUGAGAUGAAAGAGUUGCUGAAGAAGAUUUUCAAGAAGUGUCGUCAUGCAUUUUUCAACGAAGAUGGUGAUAUUGGACUUUUCAAAGGAGGAAUCGAGCACUCAAUCGUGAUCAGAAAAGACAUGCCUUUUCCGAAAUCAAGGACAUAUCGUGUAGCACUUGGCACUCAAGAUGAAGUCGAAAAACAAGUUCAAGAGAUGAUAUUGCUGGACAUUAUAGAGGAAUCAACAUCUACAUUCAUCAGUCCAAUUGUCUUAGUGCGGAAGAAAGAUGGUACGUAUAGAUUUACUACUGAUUUUCGUCUGCUGAAUGCUGUGACAGUGAAACAAAACUAUCAAAUUCCACUUAUUUCCGAUAUUGUGGAUUUGGCUAGUGAUGGGACAUUUUUCACAAAUUUGGAUCUCAUCCAAGGAUUUUUUCAAAUACCACUGAGAAAAGAAGAUCGACCACUCACUGCAUUUGCUACCCCAACUGGAACUUAUCAAUACAAGAGAAUGCCGAUGGGAUUGUGUGGUGCUCCCCACACUUUCCAGACAGCUGUUCGACAAUUACAAAAGAAAACGAAGGCCAAGUUAUUUUGCUAUUUGGAUGAUUUACUCAUCGUUUCGAAUACGCUGGAACAACAUAUGAAAGAUAUUGAAGAAGUUCUACAGAAUAUUGCUGAAAUUGGUUUCAAAGUCAAGAUCGAAAAAUGCAAGUUUGCUCAACCAGAAGUCACAUUUUUGGGAUUGCUCGUCGGAAGAAAUGGAGUCAAGCCGAAUCCAGCCAAAGUGAAAUCAAUCAAGGAGUUUCCUGUACCAAAAACACCAACUGGAGUCAGAGCAUUUCUCGGUAUGACUAAUUAUUUUCGAAAAUUUAUCAGACAAUUCGCGGAAUUGGCUGCACCACUGCACGAUCUUACGAAAAAAGAUCAACAAUUUGUUUGGGAAGAAAAACAUCAAGAAUCAUUCGAUCAAUUGAAAGCUGCAUUAUGCUGUACUCCCGUUCUACAAGCACCAAGAGCUGGUUUUCCCUUUGUUAUCGAGUCAGAUGCAAGUUCGAUCGCUGUAGGAGCUUUGCUUUUACAAACCGGAGAGGACGGAGAACUACAUCCAAUUGCAUAUGAUAGCCGGAAGCUGACAACAACGGAAAGGAAGUAUCCACCCAUUGAAACUGAAGCACUUGCUCUUGCAUUUGCUGUCAAAGCUUUUCGGACCUAUAUUCUUGGAUCAUCUGUCACCGCCAUCGUGGAUCAUCGCCCUUUAACCAGUCUUAUGCAUAGAAGAGAUCUCAUCGGAAGACUGGCGAAAUAUCAAAUAAUUCUUCAAGAAAUGGAUCUCACAAUUAUAUACCGUCCGGGAAAGCUCAAUAGCGUGUGUGAUGCAUUAUCUCGGUAUAUUGGUAACGAAGUCAAAGAAUGCAGAGAAAAGCCGAGCAAGAAGUCUGAAGAAGUCCACAAUGUGGAAGAUAGUAGUGAGUCUAUUGACCAAGGUGUUAUUAAGAAGAUUCAAGAAGAAACGCCAUGGAUUGCUGAAAUUUCGAAGAAGCUGGAGCAGAUGGAUCUGAAUUCGUUGGAACGCUACCGGAAGGAAAAUGGAGUCGUUUAUGUCAAGAACCAGAAAGGAGAUAUGGUAAUUUUGGUUCCCAGAGAAAAAGAUGUCAUUAGCGAUAUUAUGAAGAGAUACCAUCAAACUGCUCACUUGGGAGCACAUCUGGGAGCUGAAAAGACAGAAGCAUCUAUCGGAAGAAGAUUUUACUGGAAUAACAUCACCAGAGACAUCAGGAAUUUCGUUAGGAAAUGCGAAGCUUGUCAGAGAAGAAAAAUCAAUCCGCAUGCUGAAACAAAGGAGCCGAUGGGACAUUUGGAGUUACUUGGAAGACCGUGGGAACGAGUUCAUGCUGAUAUUUGCGGACCAUGGCCAGUUACCAAAGAUGGAAAUCGGUAUGUCUUUACAAUCAAAGAUGAUUUCACCAAGUACACCCUUGCGAUUCCAAUCGAAAAGCAAGAUGCUGCUACAAUGGCGAAAAUUUUUGUGGAGACGAUUGUUCUGAAGUUUGGAGCCCCGAAAAUUUUGUUGACGGAUAAUGGAACUAACUUCAAGUCGGAUUUGUUUGAAGAGAUGCUGAGAACAAUGAAGAUUCAACACAAUCUAACGGCGCCAUACCACAAAUCUGCAAAUGGAACUGUCGAGCGAGCUCAUAGGACAAUUGAGGAAGUUCUUUCAUCCUUUGUCAAUUCUACUCAAACUGACUGGGACCAGAAGUUGCCAUUUGUCAUGUUCGCUAUCAACUCUGCCCCACAUGCUAUCACCAAAUGCAGUCCUCAUCAAGCUUUAUUUGGACAUGAGCUGCCGACCCCUGAAGAUGUGAAUCUGGGGAUUCCUCUACCGUCUUACUUGGAUGUGGAAGAUUUCCAAGGUCAACUGAGAGCACAUCUGAAGGACCUUCAUGAAGGAAUCAAGGAGAAGCUGAAAAUUCAUCAAAAGAAAGCCGAGGAACAAUACGACAGGACUCAUCGGAUUGCUGAGAGGAAGAUCGAGAUUGGAGAUAAGAUUUUCGUGAGAAGAAAUGAACCAAAGAACAAGUUGGCACCAAGAUUACAUGGACCAUUUCAUGUUGUCGAAGUGUCACAGUUCAAUGUUUCAUAUCAAGAUGGAAAGAAGAAGAAAAUUGCCAACAAGAACGAUGUCAGAUUAGCCGAAUCGAUGGAGGAUGAUGCGACUACAACGAGUGAUAUGGAUGAGAUGGAAGCUGCGCCGAUGGACGAGGAUUCGAGGAAGAAAAAUGUUAAUGAUGCGCCAACGAAGGAGAUGGAGGAUUCGAGGAAGAAAAAUGUUAAUGAUGCGCCAACGAAGGAGAUGAAGGAUUCGAGGAAGAAAAAUGUUAAUGAUGCGCCAACGAAGGAGAUGAAGGAUUCGAUGAAGAAAAAUGUUAGUGAUGCGCCAACGAAGGAGAGGAUGGAAUCGAUGAAGGAAAGUUAUACUGAUGCGCCAACGAUGGACUCGAUGAAUAAAACUGUAAUUGAAGCACCAGAGAAGAAGAACCUAUCGUGGAAGAAAGCUGAUUCAAAGCAGAAGGACAAGCCGAUGUCGAUGAAGGGAAGCCGCGCCAAGCAGAAUGAUGUCGAAGCAAACCGAAAACUCUCUCACCAUAACAAGCCACAAACACCCAACACCACAUCAAGUCAACUUCCGCCUCAAUCAAGUCAACUCCCUAUCCAUUUAUGUCAACUUCAAGUCAAAAAGAAUUAUGCCAACUCAUCUGAGGAAGUCAAAUAUAUCAAGAAGAAGAAUUCAAGUCUGCAGAAGGACGAUCGAGGGCGCUCGUCUUAG